GUCAAAAAAGGUGCCAUACAAAGUUGGAACUUGAGGAGCGCCAGACAUACGGACCGCGCAGCAGGCGAACCAACGAUAAAAACAGUGGAAAAUUUGUGUACAUUUUCCCUUCGCCAAAGGGAUGCAAAGUGUUUUCGGGUGCGUUUUGUUUUUUCUACCACGUGUUGGCCUCUCUUCAAAGUGUCUCAUGGAAGCUUUUAUAUAGAAAAGGAAGAAAAUUAAAAGGCUGUCUUGUGCGUGUUCAUUGUUUGUGUCCCGUACAUUCCUACGCAGUGCACCCCCCUUUGUUGCGAUAUUGCGAAGUGAUUGCAAUAUCGUUUAUCUCUUUGUGAUUUUUGCCUAAACCACCAAAAGGGCACUAUCGGCAAGAUAACAGCUGUUUGUGGAAGCUUUCUAUUUAUUCACAACUCGAGUGUGUGUUUCCUUCGAGAAUGGUUGUGCUGUUGUGCUGGUAAAAGUGUUUCGCGUGCGUCUUGUUUUGUUGUGCGUCCUUGUGCUUGUGUUGUGUCCAACCAGCGCCACAGAAGGGCUUUGCGCGAGAAGAAAGAAAUAGUUUUGUUUCUUUUUUUCCCCUAUUGGAAGCUCAACAACCAUGGAAGAUUUCACACCGCUGAUCAAUCUACAGUUGAAUGAUUAAAAUUCUUACUGCAGCGAACCGUUCGAACCGUGUAGCAAGCGCUCUAACAAACGAAAGACCAAAAGUUCGUGAUAGCAACGCAGCGAAAAGGGAAGAUUGCUGCAGAAGCCGGCAAACAGAGUAAAAUUGCAGAUAACUAGGCAACUGUGUGUGCGCGCCUUUCAGCUGCUACUUCGAUUGUAACAAGCGCCAGAAAACGCCUGUUGACUCAUAGCGCGCACAGCAGCAUCCAGCAAGUUGGUGAACUUUGGUGCAGUUGAACCACGGACUGCACAGGCUACCCCACCCAAAAGGCCGGAAAAGGAACUUCGUUUCAGUGCAGUGCAGUGCAGAAACGCGCGAAUAAUACGAGGGAGCAGAUAAACCCGCAUAAUUGUGCUUCAACCGGCGACGAGUGGAAUUAAUUGUUUGGCGCACGAAAGAUGAAAAAUGAACGCGAACCCCUCCUUGGACAUGCGGCCGACGGUGGCAGCAACGGAUCCGGCUUGGACGCCGCCGAACACCAGCGGCUCCUUGCCCGUCCCGAUCUGCGCAGCUCACCGGAAAACAUGAUCGUCGACCCAUCGAACGAUACGGACAGCUUGGUGUCCAAAGAAGACCCGACGUACGGUUCCUCCUCCGGCGAACCGUACGAACCGUCGAUGCACCGUACGCUCGAGCAUCCCACCACCAACCUGGACACGAUGAUCCAUCUGCUGAAGGGUAACAUCGGCACCGGCAUCCUCGCAAUGCCGGACGCGUUCAAGCACGCCGGCCUGUACGUCGGUCUGUUCGGCACGCUGUUCAUGGGCGCCGUCUGCACCCACUGCAUGCACAUGCUGGUGAACUGUUCGCACGAGCUGUGCCGGCGGCUGCAGGUCCCUUCGCUCAGCUUCGCCGACGUGUGCCAACGGGCGUUCGAGUCGGGCCCGAUCGGGCUGCGGCGCUACUCGAAGCUGGCGACGAAUCUGAUCAACAUGUUUCUGGUAAUAACGCAGCUCGGCUUUUGCUGCGUGUACUUUGUGUUCGUGGCGGCUAAUUUGCGUGAAGUGAUUGCGCACUACUUCUUCGAUCUGCACACGCGCAUCUAUCUGCUGCUGCUGCUCAUCCCGAUGGUGCUGCUGAAUUUGGUGAAGAAUUUAAAGUACCUCACACCGAUCUCGCUGAUUGCCGCGCUACUUACGGUUACGGGUUUGUCCUGUACCUUUUACUACAUGCUGCAGGAUUUGCCCAACACGCACACCGUCAAGCCGUACUCGUCCUGGGCACAGCUGCCGCUAUAUUUCGGGACAGCGAUUUACGCGUUCGAGGGCAUCGGCAUGGUACUACCGCUGGAGAACAACAUGAAAACACCGGAAGACUUUGGUGGCUGGUCGGGUGUGCUCAACACGGGCAUGGUGAUUGUCGCCUGCCUCUACACAGCGGUCGGCUUCUUCGGCUAUCUUAAGUAUGGCGAUUCGGUGAAGGGCAGCAUCACGCUUAAUCUUCCCGGCGACGAGUUCAUUGCCCAGCUGGUGCGCAUCAUGAUGGCGCUGGCCAUCUUUUUCUCCUACUCGCUACAGUUCUUCGUGCCGAUGUCGAUACUGAAUCCGCACAUACGCCGCCGGCUCCACACGGAACAGUCGCGGCUGAUCGGCGAAUAUCUUGCGCGCGUUUCACUCGUCGUGUUUACGUUCAUCCUCGCCGCGAUGAUACCGAACCUGGGUGCGGUGAUUUCGCUCGUGGGAGCAGUUAGCAGCUCAACGCUGGCACUGAUCUUUCCGCCGCUGAUCGAAAUCGUUACCUUCUGGCCGGACAAGCUCGGCCGACACUACUGGGUCCUGUGGAAGGACAUUGCAAUAAUGGUGUUCGGCAUACUUGGCUUCAUCUUUGGCACGUACACAAGCGUGGCGCAAAUAUUGAACCCGGAUUUGGUUUAAAGGUUCGGCCGGCCAUUGCCAUUCGAUAUGAUCAUCAAACCACAGGGAAAUGCAAUCGUGUACAUUGAGGCGUAUGUAUUGUGUGUGUGUAUUUGUUUUGUUUUGUUUUGUUUUGUUUUCGAGCAAUUUAUUUGAUAUUGUAUAGUUGUGCGAGAGAUGCGUGCAUAAAAAAGGGUCAUCAUUUGUGUACGAACAUAAUAAUACGCUUUGAACAAAGGAAAGGUUCAUAAAGGAUCAGUUGAAGUUACUUCAAUGGGCAGUCACCACACACAUUAAAGGAGUUAAAUAUAAAAUUAAAAUAAUAAUUGUACGAUUUGGAAGGUUGACACCAUUCAAGCGAUACAAUUACCAUAAAUCCCAUAAACAUUGUAACAAUCCCCAAACUCCGGUUGAUUCAAGUACCAGCUCGACCUAUCUGUAACAAAACAAAAUCCACCUUACCAUGUGUGUAAUGUAACGUUCCCGUUUGUGGCAAAUGCUUCCAAUCCAACCUGUAAAACGGUUGAGGCAUAACAAAAAGUGGCUGAACUGAAUAUACAACAUACAAAUGAUAAUAACGGUAGCAACAUUUCCCAUAAGCAACAACACACAACUGCAACACAAAGUGGUGAUGCCUAAUUUAACCAAUCGCCAAAGUGAUGGAACAUGUAAGCGCAUGACAAUAAUAUUUACUCGAACGAAUGUGUACGGUUAAGAGAGUGAAGCAAUGCACUGAGCGAAUGGAACACAAGUGAACAGAGCAAUUUGUUCCACUUAGGAAUAGAAAGCAACAUCAAUCGAUGGUGAUAAUACUGUAAAAAAAACUACAACUAAGUUUAGUGCAGAUAACCUAAGCUCUCCUCUCCAAGCCUAACCACUUGGGAUGGGGGUAGGUAGCAUCGUGGAUUUAGGUGUGAUUUUCGUUUGGCGUUUGGCAAUAGCGGCAUCUUUAUGCAAAAAGCGCUCAAAACCUCCUCCAAAAAUCUUUAGUCGUCUAGCAACUAGUGCUAAUUACUGUACGAAAAAAAGGCUGUUCACCGUUUUGUUUCAUUCUUCGUAAGGUUAACCAGUUUGUGGGUGGAAGAUGGCCUGCAUAUAAGCGCCAGCAUUAUUAAUUUGUAAGCGCAUGAAUGAAUACGUAGACGAUUAAAUAUAAUAAUUCUUCUACAGUUGGGGUGGAAGGAGUAUAUUGCAGGA